AUGAAAACUGCUGGAGAUUUCUUAGUCGGUGAUUUUUUGAAAGAGAUCAACACCGAUUCUUUAGAAACUGAAACUAGUUUGUUUUGGCCUGAGUAUUUCCAGAUGUUCUCCAAGGGAAUGUGUUAUUGGCUGGCAAUUGAGCAAGAUAAGGAAUUAUUUCCAUUCGACCUAAUUGGGAGUCGAUUCCAAGCGAAUGGGACAUUGAUCAUUUCUUUCGAUACAAGUCGUGAGGUAUCUCACGGUAUACCCUUACCAUCUGAGCUCCAACAGUUUGUCCGGUCGGAUCACCUUUGUUUGAAGCUUACUGUGUGGAAUGAAUCAGUUGCUUUUCUUGCCCGUGUUGUGAACAGUCCUCAUGACAACAGAUAUCCUGAACCUUAUGAAAUGUGGGUGAUGGAUGAUGACUUUAAGGGUGCCUAUUGA